AGCGUACUUGGCUCUCGCGUAUCAAGAUGGCCAUGUGGGUUUCCAACACAGAGGAGAAGUACUGGGAGAAGAGUACGGUGGAUGAAGCCGCUCGCCGUCGCCUGAACGGCGAGUCUGCGUGGUGUAUGGAUCACGUCAAGAAAAUCAAGGCGGCGGGCGGCAUCUCGCUGAACCCGGAGCACGGCUCGGACACGGCGGCGGACCAGCCCUGGGCCAUCGAUGAGAGCUGCAUGGCCAAGCUCGCUGACACCUACUGCCUUGUGACGACUGCCCUGUGGAUGCUUCCAAAGGCCAUCAUCUUUGUGCUUCCCAUGCUCCUGCUGAACAUCCCCUCCAUGGUGGUGAUUCGUUGCUACGCGGGCUCCUUCAAGCCAGGCACCGACGAGGUGAAGCGCAGCUGUGGCUAUUGGCUCUCCUUCCUGUUGGCCGCGUUUUGCUACAUCCCCGCGGGGAUCCUCGCCAUCGUCAUGCUGUGGCUGGAUUACGUCUUCUACUGGAUCUUCGGUCUGGUCUUCUGCCUCUUCACCUUCCGUUGGUGCGCGGUUUGGAAAUCCAUGCGAGCGCUGGAUCCGUAUCGCAAUGGCCCCUGGAUCAUUUUGCACAUCCCUGACCUCUACACCGCCUUGAUCGGCCAGACCAACCGCCAGGGUGUGUUUGAAGUGACCUACACCUUGGCAACCUGCUUGUACAUCAUGCCCUGGCUCAAGUACUACAUGAACUGCAACCCCUGGCUGCACAACUUGGACCAUCGCAUGGUGAAUCAGAUCAGCACGGAGCUGGCGGAGAUCAACCCCUUGGAGCACCGCGCCUCGAUCGCCCGGGACAUCAUCUCCAGGACCAAGCACAAGCCGCAGCGGGCUUCCAAGCUGGACUUGUGGUCCUUCGUGCCCCACUACCCCUACCCGCCACCGGGGCGUCGCUACGCCAUGGGCUUCCAGCAAGGCGGCACUUGGCCGAAGUCCUUCUUGCUGAUGGUGCACACCACCCAUGCCAACCGCGCGGAUGGCGGCAGCACUGAGCAGAUGGUACUAUCCAACACUUGCAGCUACCCAGUGUAUCGCGUGAUGUUGUGGUACAACAACCCCUACCACUUCUACAGUGGCUGGGUGGAGGCACAGCUCACCACUGGCGGCGUGGCCCAGCCGGAGAAGGCGGAGGGUGGGGAGCACCCCAUGUGGCUGGUGACCGCCCCCACGCCCAUGGUGUCUGGGCGCAAAUCCUUCCUGGGCACAGGCUUCAUCGACCGCUUUUUCGACUACUGGCUGCCCGUCUUUGUUCAUGAGAUGCGAUACUCGGAGCAGCGCAUCCAGGGGAGGACCCAUGAGGAAGCCGUGGAGUUUGCCAACAGCAGGUACCAGGAAGUGCACUCCAAGGACGGAGUGUCCCGGCCCAUCAAGGACAAGAUGGGGCUGGACAAGUACGGCGGCAAAACGGCGCUGGACGACUACACGCUGCCGGAGCUGCUGAAGGAGCAAGAGCGAGACAUUGAGAACCAGGACAAGGCAGCAUGAGAAGGUCUCGGAAAGCCAUGUGAGCGAGCGAGGCUGCCAGUUGACGCUUUGGGGGAAACCUCCGACCACGAACAGUGGUUGA